UCGGCCGCCCGGGAGGCUUCACGGGCCGGGCCUGCGCCUGGCCAGAAUGGAGCGGAUGGAAGUGGACCAGUGCGCAGGCGCAGCCGCCGGGGCUUUGCGCCGCUCCAUCAGCGCCCCCAUGAUUCCGAGUGGCAGCGAGCGGAUGGCCGCGUGCAGUCCCGAUUUCUGGGUGCGACAGCGACGAGGCUCCGUCAACUGCAGCUGCCCGUCGCAGGAGGACAAGAUGGAGUCGUCGCUCGAGGGGGGGAGCGCCGCCGUACAUAGAAUCAGAGUUUCCUGUCAGCUUCCCGCGCCGCCCGACAGCCCGUGGCACCAAAGCCCGUCCGAGUGGUUCCGUUCGGCGGACAGCGGAGUGACGCCGAACUCCUCACCGAGUCCCACCAGGAGGUUCAGACCCGUGGACGGAGUCUACAGCAGGUGGCCCGCCAUAACGCCGCUCAAGCGGAAAGGGGGGGCGGAGUCAGACGGUCCACCCAAGAAGCUUUUUGUGACUGCAGUGUUAGACCCCGCCCACAACAGUAGCUACACUAUCAGCGCCUCAGCCGCAGACUCCGCCUCCAGGGGAGUCGGUCCUUUGUCUUCACCCGCUUUCACGCCAUCCGCCACCCGCCCGCCGCAUUAACCCCGCCCCCCCCCCCACAAGACCCACCUCUUCCCGCAAAAAUUUAGCGGAAACUUUCCACGACGCGCGGCUGAAAUCUUAAGCAAGGAGGACGACCCCGACGUCUCCGUUGGCCGAUUGCGACCUGUCCGAGCGGCAACACCGCUGCUAAGAGGACUUCCUCAACAGAGUUAUCGUUGGAGUUCCAUAUUUCUACAGCCACCCCCCCACAUCAUGUACCCAAAAUGUAAUGGUGGACCAACGACUUCUGCACAGUACUUUAGCUUAGCAUGUCGCUAACAUCAGAGUCUAACCAUUUCAACGGACGUCCUCCGCCGGCAACAAGAACGGGUCAACGUCGGAAGGACGCUUUUGCCGACGUCGAGACUUGUUUUCCCCGGGAAAAUUUUUGGAGCCAAAGAC